CCACGCCACGGGUGGGCGCUUCUCGUCGCUCGUUCUGCUCUCGUCCCUCGUUCUGUUCUCGUUCUUCUCUCGUUCCUCGUUCUGCUCUUGUUCUUCUCUCGUCCCUCGUUGCUCGUUCUUCUCUCGUUGCUCGUUCUUCUCUCGUCGCUCGUUCCUCUCUCGUCGCUCUUCCACCACUGUGCUGCGCCCCAGAUCCAUCCACAGGGGGGGGCUCCCUCCCUGGUACGUAUAUGAGUAUUGCUCUCUCCAUAUUUUUCUACAUAGUUGGUCCGUCGAGCUCUCGUUUUAGCCGUAGCGGAGGUCGUGAGUGGAUUGUCAUUUUUGCUUGUGAAUCCCUUUGUUGUCCGCAUUCUCUUUUUUGGGGAUUCUUUUUACUUCAAAUUCCUCGUUUAUUUGAAGACAAAACCAUGCUGCAUGGUAACGAUUAUUCAUUGUAGCGACAGGACUAGGACUAGAGGGAGACGAUCCCCAGGCCCAGGGAAAAGAAACACUGCUAGCGCAGGAGGAGGUGGGAGCAUGUGGUCGACGAACGACCUCCACACCCAGAGCGAAGCCAGAUAGUGUUGAUGUCGGGAUGGGAUCUCAACAAUCUUGUCCAGAUGAAAAGAGUCGGAGAGAGCAGGAAGGCGUUGAGGACGAUGCUAUGCCUACUAUUCUUUAAGAUGGACAUGCAGACGAAAUGUCAUUUUUACUUGGUGGAACAAGAUCUUCAACGAGCAGCAAAAGCAGCAACUAUAACAUUGGAGAAAAAACAAAAAUGCCAACAACAAGAGACAGCACGGUGUCGGUUGGUGGUCGGCAGUCAAGGAGUAUCUCAAUUAGUAGAAUGUUGACGACAAGUGUGCCUUUUCCAGCUGCCUCUCGUACAGGAAACACUCGAGCCGCAGAAUUCCGCCGCCGAUUUUUUCACUACCACGCACUCUUUAUCUCUUGUCCUGUCAUCUUUUGCGCGAUCUACACCCUUGUGCGUGGUCUCGGACCUACCUGUAUCUUCGACGCACAAGAUAUCCAGCGGCUUUAUUCGAAUCUACCGCGGUCGUCGGAUGUUGACAACAAUUCUCCUGGAGGUGUCGCGGCAUCAUACGAUCGUAAAUUUGGUAUCCCGCUCUCUCCCUUUCGGACGACCAUGAUCGAGUUCUCUAUUGGACUCCUUUGUCUCAAGUUGGGCUGUGGCUAG